UCAUGUUUUAUUUAUGGAUGCCAGUCCCAGACAAUAGAGAAUAAUCUCUACUGGUUGUAAACAGAUGAGAAAAAGUUAGUUAGUUGGAUGAUGCUAGCAAACACCCUUUAGGAAAAUACACUGUCAGGAUGACCACUUCCUCCUCCUCCUUUUGAGCGCAUUUCCUCUUUAAAGUAUCUGUGAGGAAGAGAGUUAGUUGCUUGCUCUGUCUCAGAUUGCAGUGUGGUUUGUUAAAGCUGCUGGGGUCGACUGCUCUGUGAGGACAGUAAGGGACAAAGAAGAAGCUCCUGUAAUUAACGAACUGAACCUCAUCAGCGCCUCUGGCUGUGGAUAUGAUAUGCGGGAGAAUCAGCAGGAAAAGAGGCUGAAAUUUCUUCUCACAAAUGAUUCAUGACCAGACAAUUCAUCAAAAAAGGGUAGCUGUUUACUGCGGUGUGUGCACACAAGUGAUAGACUUCAACGCCCACGCUCUGCUCUCAAUGGAAAACCUCAUCUAUAUCAUCACUGUCCCGCUGUCGACCUCCAUCAUCCUGGCCAACCUGGUCAUCAUCCUGGGUAUCUCCUGCAACCGUCAGCUCCACAACACCCCCAACUACUUCUUUCUCAGCCUGCUGGUGGCUGAUUUGUGCACGGGUGUAGCGCUGCCCUUCAUCCCGCUGAUGGGUCUGAACCGGGAGUUGAGUUUUGGCUCUUGCCUGGUGGUUCACAUCUUCCCGAAUUUCCUUUUCUUGGCAUUCUUGUCCAACCUGGUGAUGGUCCACUACGAGCGCUACAUAUGCAUUGUCAACCCUCUGCACUAUAACACCUUGUGGAUGCAUCGCAAUUUUUCUUUAGCGCUGCUUAUAGUAUGGACACCCCCACUUUUGUUUGCAUCUCUGCCCGCUUUUGGGUGGAAUAACUGGUCAGGACCAGACUGGAACAACUGCUGUGAAAGUACCCAAACGUUGCCGCCCCUUUCAAACUGUUCAGCAAAUCUGACCUCGUGCUGCUCUUACAAGCGGGUGUUCCCCAACGCUUUCAUCUACUUAGAGGUGUACGGGCUUGUUUUACCGGCGAUUCUUUUCAUCGCUGGCAUGACCGGACGUGUUCUGUGGAUCACCCGAGGCCAGAUGAAGGACAUUUGCCGCCUCCAUAGAUCAGUGGAGCGAGGAAACCAGGCUUCGGACCAGGAACAGAGGCUGAAUCUGCGGUAUACCCGCUGCGUGGUGGCCGUGUCCCUGACGUUUUUGGCCUGCUGGGUUCCCUACCUAAUUUACAUGCAUGUCAGUAUAGCAUACUUAAUCAUUGACACCAAAGGGAGGUCCAUCCCUAACAUCGUGUUGUCCUGCACCGGCAUCGGAAGCAUGGCUGUGGUGCCAAUGGUGCUUGGCCUGGCCAACAAGCAGUACACACAACCGGCGUUCAAACUCCUCCGAAAAUUCAGAGACAGGUGGAGGGCACAGGGUUCAGAAGAGGCUGCAAUCUGAAAUAAUACUUCUCAGUGUAUUUAUCAUGUUUUUCUGCAAGAAUUGGUAUUGGAAAGAGUUUACUUAUUUUACAGUGAGUCCAAUUACGGUACCAUUAAGGUAACAUUUGUGUCAGAGUUACUUCAGUCAAAAACUGCUCAUACUAAAGCCUCAUGGGAAACUCUUUCUAAAUUUCAAAGAUUUUCGAAAAGUGAAGUUAUUAAGUUCCCUUACCUGUAGUAGAAAAAUGUGAAAUCACCACGAGUUUGUAGAAAAAUAGUCCUCCUCGGAGCAGAGGAAAGCUAACAACUAGGGAAUAUAUUAUACUUAUACACCUAUUUUUGUUCUCGCUCUUUGACUUUAACCUUGAAACCUAUUUAAGCAUUCAAAAACAGCUUUUCAAGUUCAAUAAUUCCUAAUAUUUGUUUUCAGGUUAAAAUAACCAAAACAUUAUUACUAUUAUCAGGUUUUAGAACAAAGAAAAGCAUAAAGGCUUUGGAACCAGAGAACAUAAAUAUUUCCUUGGACAGAAGGUUGCCUUUUCAUGGAAAAAGAAGAAAACACAACUUCAUUUUUGACCUAAUGACAAGAAAAAUUAUAAAAGCAAUACCCCUUAUAUCAUUAUUGUCAUUCUGUUUUGUAAAUGUCAUGCAGACGUUGCCUCAAAACACUUUAAAGAGCUCCAAAUAUAUCCUUAUGGUACUGUUUUUAUAUUUAUUAGCACUGUUCUAUAUCAUUUUUGGCCAAAAAAAAUCAUAUAUUUCAGAAAAAGUAUAUAUUACAAAAAAAUAUGGAUCUGUUAAUACCUGAUCUAGAUGGAUGGAUAGGUUCUCAACUAUAUUUUGGAGAAAUCUAAGCAUUUCCUUAUUUUCACAGAGAUCACCAAGUGCGUCUUAAAAAAAUGUAUAAUUCAGUCCAGUCAAUAUAUUUUCUUUUGACUUUAUUUUUAUUAUUUAGUAACAUUUUUGUUUAUAAAUGUAAUAUGAAAAAUUUGUAAAAAUCUGAUUUUAAAAUUUAAUGUACUUUUUGUAGUUUAUUAUUUUGUUUCGCUUUUCACACUCGUCUUCAUCUGAGGUGGUUCCAAGGCCAAGAAAAACACCAACAUAGUGCAAAAUUAACUAAAAUCGAACAAUAAAACAGGAAUAAUACAAAGACUGUGGAGUCAGCCGUCUAUUUAGAACAGAAUUUUCUUACAUUAUGCAAACCACAGGGGGUUGCCGCCGAUUUCCAUUGGCUACAGAUGCAAAUUAGCUGUCUCUUACUGCCAUGCCCUCCCUGGGUAGAAAAUCAUACAGCCCCUAUUAAAAACACCACUGGGUGUGUUUACUUUACAAAGAACUCUCACCACAAUGUUAUCUGUCUACUGAAGGUAAGGGUAUGACUUGUUGAUAACUUCUGCAGAAAUCUAGAAAGGUCUUCAACCAUGCCUCACUGUAUAACUGUACUGAGCUACAUAAUGGUUGUGAGAGUAGCACCAAUUCAUUGUGAAUUACUUCAUUUUUGUCUUGGUUGAAUUAUUUCCUCACUAAUAAAUAACCUUUUAUUAGCAUCCAA